CCCCUGUUACUGAUCAUCAGAAGUCCGAGGCAGCCUGAAUGAGCCACCAGCAUAAAGGGUCUCGUAAACUGGCUUGAUCCUCAAGGUUAGUACGAAGCUCACGAUGGAGCUGAAGGCAGAGGCACCAGCUAGAACCAAGAAGGUUAGCCUGAAGCAGUCUGGACCCAAGCAAGAGAAACCGGAACUGUGCAACAUACUAUUCGAUCCGCGCUGCUUGGCUGCCUCGGUAUCAUACACGUAUGCUGCUAGGAGGCCCGAGAAGAGGAAUGCGCCGAUAGGGUUCCCUAGUGCAAUGAAGUUGUAGAAGAUACCGAAGUGCUUCAGCCCGAAAAGCUCCGACACUGUCGGGAGCAUGACAGAGAAUUGAACACCGUAGCAGAUACCGAGCAGUGCAGUUGCUAUGUAGAGAGUUCCGUCUAUGGCAGAUGCAUAGAGGAGGUAUGUUGCAACCAUCAGUGCUUGAGCACAUGUGAUCCAUACUGUUCGAGGGAUUGUUCUCG